UAUUCAAAAAAAAAGAAAAUUGGUAGGUAGCGACAUUACGCAAGUGAAAGUGCGUUUCAUGCACUUUCACGUUGACGCCAAUGGGCAGUCAUUCUGGCACACCACACUAGAGAUAUGACAUAACCAAAAGGUCAGGGCACAGCAUUCCGCUUCAAAUAAGUUGGAAAGCGCGUUGCAUCUAGGGCUUCCUAAUCCCAUGUCCAAGGCCGUGGGGAAACCUGCGGGGAAACCAACGCCGAAACCGAAGGGAGCGCCGCAACCGCCGCAUCAAUCAGAGAGGCGGAGCGUGUCUCAGCUGCUGCCGUCGCCGAGACGAAUUGUUGUGCGUGCAGUCUUGCUGCUUCCAGCCUCGAGCAGCAGGGUAGACUCGAAGAGGUUAUGGCCCUCGCGUCAGCGCCGGCUGCAUUCUCCAAGAGCGACUCUCCGACGCGCAUCAUGACCGUCUUCCGGAGCAAGAGCGACGAUACGUCGGCGUCGCUGCUCAGCGAAAACGAGUACAGGGAGAAACUACUGAGGACUGUGAAGAAAGAGGUGAAGCAGAUCAUGGAAGAAGCAGUGACCCGCAAGUUUGUCCAUGAGGAGAGCAGCAGCAUCACUUCCCUUUGUGCGGCGGUGGAUGCAUGCCUGUCGCAUGGCCUGAAGCGUCGAGCACUAGGACUUUUCAAGACAAAUUCAACCACAGCACUUUUGCACAAAAUGGCAAAGCACUUUGAGCCAGCUGCGGCCAUUGCCCGAGCAGUCACCCAGAUGGAAGCAGCAGCAGCAGCCGUGACCUCAGACUCGUCUACAACGGAGAGCCGCCUGCGCAGCCAAACAAGUCGUCGCUCCCUGUGGGCCGCCAGUGGCCGAUACAUCUGGAUCCGGCUGGCACUCUUUGAAAAGCAGUUGGCGAGCAUUGUUGACCACUUGGUUCACAAUUCCAGCAAGUACUACGAGAAAGACGCCCUGGUGGCUGACCCUGUCUCUGGGCAGAUUCUGGCUUCCCUGCUUGUGGGUCCAUGCGCUCUGGACUACUCCAAAAUGAAGACACAAGACCACUUUUGGACGGACCCACCCGCCGAUGAGCUGGUGCAGCGCCAUCGAUUGUCCAGCGGGCUUCCGACUUCAGCCAGUGCCGGGGGGUCUGCCACUGCAGGCACACCACCGCCAACGAGGCGACUGGGCCUCCAGUGUCGCCGUGACCUCCGUGGCACCACCGGUGGCAGCUCCUCCGAAGAAGGUGGUGGUCCAGUUGGCCGUGUCGUCGGUGCAUCGGUGGGAGGGGGCUGUGACCGGCUGGCUCGGGACUAUGUCGAGUCGCUUCACCAGAAUGCACGCUCCACACUGCUGUACGGCAAGAACAACGUGCGCGUGCAGCCCCGAUGUCAUGCGGGUGAGCCCCUGCCAGGCUACCUGUCACUGCACCAGCAAGGUGGCACCCAGCUAGUUCUCAAGUGGACACCCAACCAGCUCAUGAAUGGCACAACCAGUGGGGACAGCUCGUCCGGAGACUCCCUGGGCAGUAGCCAGGACAAGAGCAUCUACUGGGAGUAUGCCCUGAGUGUCAACAUGGAGGACAUUGUGUACCUGCACUGUCAUCAGCAAGGUGACUCUGGGGGUACCCUGGUGCUGGUGGGGCAGGACGGAGUGCAGCGCCCACCCAUGCACUUUCCUCGGGGAGGACAUCUGCUGGCGUUUCUGUCGUGCCUGGAGAAUGGCCUGCUUCCCAACGGGCAGCUGGACCCACCCCUGUGGACCCAGCAGAGCGGCACAGGCAAGGUGUUUCCACGGCUACGUCGCCGCAGGGCAGCCCAAGGUGAAGAGGAAGAGGGCAGCACCGACUUUGUCUUUCGAGUCAUCACUUCCCUAAGGCCACACUCCCUCGAGGACCUCCUAGAAGGCGGCCCCUCUACUUCAGCAGCCACUGAAGCAGCUCGCGCCAGUCGCCUGCUGGAGGCACGGUCUUCUUCCUCCCGGUCGAGUGAGUCACCACCACCCGAGGAGGAGUCACCUGGACAAAGGCCGCAGGGGCAAUCACUGCAGAUUCUGUGCGACACCAUGAAGAAGCAGAUCAUCUCGAGGGCUUUCUAUGGAUGGCUGGCGCACUGUCGGCACCUGCGGACGGUUCGCACGCACCUGUCGGGGCUAGUGCAUCCAGCGAUCGUGUCUGGAGAAGGCGCUGAGGGGGGCCUCACACGGGAGGCUUGGCAGUGCCUGUCUGCUUCGGGACGCCUGGACGACCCCCAGGAAUUGCACCGGCUCGUCUACUUUGGCGGCAUUGAGCACGAAGUCCGCCCCUUGGUGUGGCCGUACCUGCUAGGCCACUAUGCGCUGUCAAGCCUGCCGGAGGAGCGGCAGGAACGAGACGCCAGCACGCAGGCACAGUACGAGGCCACCCUGUCCGAGUGGCUGGCUGCCGAGGCCAUGGUGCGCCACCGGGAGGGGCUGCACACCAAGCUCUCCUCCGAGAGCACCACCUCGGAGAUACCACUCAUUGGUCCUAAGGACACACACUUGAGCAACGAGGUCUUUGAAGAUGGCAGCAGCGAUGGUGGAGGCUCCAUGGAUGCUGCUGCCCAUGAUGAAGCAGUGUGCGAAGGGGAAGAGAUAGCAUGGGAAAUCGAUAGCAGCCACAGCCCAGCCCACACAGGCACUGGCCAACAAGCAGGAGCGGAGGAGGAAGGCCAAGUGGUGGAAGAAGACGAAGAAGAAGGGGACGCUCGACCUCCUGUUGAUCCCCUGCAGUUGCUGCAGCCGCCAGUUGUCGACGACGAGUCCAGCUGUGUGUCACCAGCCUCUUCCAGUGGAGGAGUCUACUCGAGUGACCUCCUGGACCUGUUCUCACUCAACCUGCACCGCAUCGACAAAGACGUGCAGCGCUGUGACCGUAACUACGCCUACUUCACUACAGCCAACCUGGAGAAGCUGCGAAAUGUCAUGUGCACCUACGUGUGGGAGCAUCUGGACGUCGGCUAUGUGCAAGGAAUGUGCGACCUCGUCGCUCCCCUGCUGGUCAUUUUUGAUGACGAGAUGCUGACUUACAGCUGCUUCUGUGAGCUGAUGAAGCGAAUGGCAGCCAACUUCCCUCAUGGGGGUGCCAUGGACCACCACUUCGCCAACAUGCGCUCACUCAUCCAGAUUCUGGACGCAGAGAUGUUUGAGCUGAUGCACCAGAAUGGAGACUACACACACUUCUACUUCUGCUAUCGAUGGUUUCUUCUGGACUUCAAGCGAGAGCUCGUCUACCAGGACGUGUUCAGCGUCUGGGAAACCAUCUGGGCUGCCCAGCACGUUGCCUCCAGCAACUUUGUGCUCUUCAUUGCUCUGGCCAUGGUGGAGUACUACCGUGAUAUUAUACUAGAAAACAACAUGGACUUCACCGACAUUAUCAAGUUUUUCAAUGAGAUGGCCGAGCGACAUGAUGCCAAGGCCGUGCUACAGAUUGCCCGCGAGCUUGUGCUGCAAAUCCAGACGUUGAUUGACAACCGAUAGGAGAACCUUGCCUUGCCCGGCUACAGUCUAAUGACAGCAACACGCCCGCUGACCCUUCGUCUAAAUGUUCAUCUGACCCUUGGACUGGUCAUGCACGAUGUGUGCCAUAGGAUUACUAUUCUACAGGAUCAUCUGCAAGACCCUCCUGUCCUUACAAGGUGCCCCAGAUGUGCCCCAGUGCUACUUGGCAAACUGCUACAUUAGGGAUGCAAAUUGAAAGAUCGCAUAUCAAACUGCGAUAAAUUAUCAGGCCUGGCCGUAAUCAGGGCAUUGUUCAAAGAGGUAGAAAGUGUCAGUGCAUUAACCAAGCAAAGUUGUCGAAAGCACAUGGCAUUUCAACUCUUCCACGGGAAUCUUGUAUACACUGACAGUCCAUUCGUUUUCACUCUGAGCAAGGCUGCUGUGCCAAAGACAAAACGAUGUUUAGUUUACUACUGACUUUGCGUGCUUGUGUACGGCCCUUUACUACCAUGCCUUUUCCAAAUUAUGUAAGACUGUGUCAUAAUCCUCGCCUAAUUGCUGCCAAAACGCUUCUUGUCAUGUUCUUUCCAACAUUGGUGAUAAAGCUCAGGCUUGUUUUUAUUAGUUGUCAACAAAAGUUAAUUAUGUGCCAUGAGAGCGCCUUUGAUAUGAAUCGUAAGCACCCACAUUGUGAGGACUUUAAUUAGUGUCUGCCUGCCGACUGCCACAAAUUCUCAGUGUUCCACAUCUAUGCUACAGUAGAUUGGCCUGUCACUGAGUAGGCUGAGCAUCGUGUGCUCCGCCAAAACUAGCUGGACACUACACCACAUUUGACUGAUUGCUCUACUUACUGAGCAGCCUGAGUUGAUCAGAUAAUGCUCAUGACUAAUGUAAUGGCUUGUAGUGCUCACCAAAACAACUUGUGUUGCUCACCAAACUGACUGCCUUGGAAAACACACUUUGAAGCUGUUCUCUUGCUGUGCUAGAUAGAAAUACGCUGUGCCCACAUAAGAACAGCUUACAAAGCUAUGACCAGGCUGCAAGCCUGUAUUUUUUUCUAGAGAUUAAUAAUAAAGCUAACUUGGGCACACCAGGCUCAUUGCAGUUCUAAUACGGCUAUUUGUACUUCAUUUUAGCUUUAACGCAUUGGCCAACUUAAAUCGCCUGCAGAACUUGAACUGUUUUGUUCUCUGUGUCCUAACUGCAGCAGUGUUUGAUUUAAAGUUUUUCGCAUAACUAGAAUAUUAUUGAUCUGAAAAAACAAACUUUGUUUUCUGCAGGUGACCAAACAGAAAUACUUAGGACCAUUAAGGGAAAAGUGAUUUUGGGGGCUUCACAAUCAUUUAUGACAAACACUUUCAUUUGUACUUCUUUUUAAAUGUGUGACUAGCUGUAAGUUUCUAACUGUAUAAGCUGUCAUUAGUUAUAGUAGUGUUAUAACAGAAGAAAACCUCCAAUAGUGUGUCGGUAUUCACAAAAAUCUGCAUGCAUUAUGAAACCUUCCAGUAUUUUAUUGAUGCUAUUCACCAAAGUGUUAUCUGUAUGUGAAGCUGCAAUUGAUCCCGAAACCAAGAAAGCUUCCAGAAUAUCGAUUGUACAUGCCUUGCUUCUUGCCUUUUAAUUUUGCUUGCUAUAUUUAGUUUGCGUCUCACACAUGAGCUAACGAGCAUACAUAAGUGCAGAAAACAGGCUUCUAGCAGCGUAAUUUAAAUGUCUAUAUUGCAAAAAGCAAAUGUUGGCUUCGAGCAUCUCGCUGUAUUUGGAAAACAAAAAAAAGCGCUUGAAGCAUAUUUGUUCCCUUAGACAAUGGCAGUAGUAUGUGCAAAUGCUUCGCCCGAGUCACAAAAUUCUCUGGACAUUUUAACAGCAGUGGGGACCACUGUGGUGUGGCCACAUUUCCUGGCGUUUUAUUGGAGAAUAUACUCUGCUUAACAACAUCUGGACAACAGACGUGUUUAGGUAUGGUCUUUUCCAGCAGAAAGUAAUUUCCUUUUUGUAAAGUGAAUCUUCGUUAUCAAGAUGCGCACUAGUGGUAAUAUUUUCAUUCUUUCUGUAGUGCAUGGCUUCCUCUAUAGCCAAAUUAACAUACCCAUUGGCGCUCUCCAAGCACCCUAAAACCAUGACAUUCUCCGUGAUAAAACCAUGUUGCUUAUUCUUGAUCCAUUGUAUUGCCAGUUCGUAGUGAUUUGCACGAAAGAUUUCACUUUAUGCAGAGGUAUCUGCAGGUUUUUCUGGAGAAUUGUGGUUAGUGACUAAGUUCUCACAUUUAUCAAUCGAUCAAUUUGGUUUGCGUCAAUACACUUUAAAGGUUUAACUUGUAGUAGCAGGUUUUCGGAUAUCAAAGAGUUUGACAAUAAAGAACUGAAUUUCUCAAGGGACCAAAAAUAUAGCUAUUUGCCUAUGGGUGUCAGCACAAUGUAAAGUGCAUUUUCAGUUCCGAGUUACAUCUUACGCAAACUCAAACUUCGACAAAAAUAGUGUGGUCAAGCAGACUUGAUACUCUCAAGGAACAUAGGUGCAUGAUCGCUGAAAUGGAGAGAGAGAGAGAAACAACUUUAAAUAAAGAUCGUGCUUGGUUACUGUGGGUGGAGCCCCCGUUCCAGGGCCCCACUGGCUACUGCGGCACGCCGGGCGUGGUAGAGGGUCGCCAAUUGGCUUCCCAAGUCCAGUUCGGAGAGUCGCGCCUCCCACGACCAAUUGAUAAGUGGUUCUUGAGGGAAAGGGAAAGGUUGGCGCUAUCUUGCUAACGACUCACAUCUUUAGGUUCUCUACUGUCAUGUGAGCUAGACUCGGUGCAUAACUGCUACAGUGAGCUUCAGCUUUGUCGUCUUGCUUUGACUGCAAUGUUGGCGCAGCAGAUGACUUUGUUCGGAAGUUGCAUCACAGUUAGGGUUGCCACCUUUACCGAGAAAAAUUUAUGCAGAAAUAGUCGACGAUGAUGGCAAUGUAAGCGAAUAGCCCGAACGAACGAACGAGCAACAGCUGUCCCCCAUUUGUCCUUGCUGCCCUUCCCCGCUGCUGGGUUGCCCAAGAGCACGCGCCCUUUCUCUCGGUGCCUUCCCUCGCCUGUCAGGAGUUCCUUCGUGGCAGCCGCGAAGAGCGAACGCGUCCACUUCUUGCUCGUCUUGGUGUGUUGGCAUCAACGCCCAAAGCGUUUGACGGAACACUUGCGUGCGUCUGAGGUGUAUUUUUCGUGGGGGCGAAUCCGCUAUGGAUUCUCGUCCAUUGCAUCGCGCACGAUGGGCUGGCUGGCCAGCGCCGUGCGGCCAGUGAGAUGUGCGGUGAACGAGCGAGCGAAGAAGCAUUAUGCUGUCUGCGGGAUUCGCCUCAAUUGCUGACACUGUAUCUGUGGACGGCGCGGCGACUAGAGCGGGCUGAUCCCGGAGACAGUGCAAUAGUAAACUGCACUUUACUCGGCGAAAGACCGGCCAUGCAAAUGCGCCAAACCCAAAACCCUCGGCCACUAUGCACAUAAAGGUUUGCAAGCAAUGGUGCUCUCGAGGACAUAUAUUUGUUGCUAUGAGGAUAUUCAGGUAUCUUGAUUUCUCAUUGAGUAAUUCCGUAGGAAAUAAGGCCAGCAGCCAGGACACCUGUAAAGGUGGUAAAUAUAGUAGGAAAGUCCGGGAGGUUUUCCAAAGGUGAACCCUCUAAAUAUAACGUGUACCAAACCCUCUAAAUAUAAAUGUGCACUAAGUGUAAACUUUAGUGUACAUUUAAUGUGUUCGUGUUGUUGCUGCCAACAAUUUACUCUUAAGAGAUAUUAAUCUACGAAUGACACAACAAUACGUGGAAAUGAAGAUGGCUAGAAAAUACACUGUAAAUAAAGAAUUACGGAAAGUUCAAGAAAUUAGGAAUGAAACUGUUUUCGAGACUUCACUUGUCUGAUAAGUAUAAACGCCUAGAACAGUGCUUGUGGAGCAGCUUAUAGUGUACCGAUUUAGGAAGAACUGCAAAACUGGCAAGUUAUGUGUCAUAGGGUUGGAGGCGGGAGUGGCACCGUGAGGAAAAAAACAGUUGCGCAGGUGAAUAAACGGCGAGGUGGCAACCCUAAUCAUAAUUUAGGUCGUCUAUAUGCUUGUGGAGGUACAUUGCCUUUAAAGUAUCUUAAAGUAAAUAUGUCGAAAAGUGUGACGUUUUUCCAACUCAAAAUAGGCAAAUGUAAGCCAGUACUUCAUGAUACCUUGCUGUCAGUUUUUCAGUUUUAUUUGCUACCAUGCUCAACACUGAGAUAUAUUGUAAAAUAUUUUGUUUAAAGAUUUUUAUAUUUCCCAUGCAGUGAUAUUGUAGGCAGUGCACGCAAAGCCAGGCUCACUAUUCACACUGUUGUGCUAGCUGAGGGUUAUUACAAUGACAUGGUUAGCAGUAGAGGGCUAGAUUUUCGGGGGAAAAUAAAAGGGAGGUCGCCACGCAGUCGAUAAAGGUAUCAAAUAGCGACAGACUGCAGAGUUGAAGGGUGCACUAAAAGGGAAAUAUGUUUGAACUGGUAAUAUAUUAUUGAAAAACUAAUUUUUUGUUAAUUUUGCCGUAAUAGGUUCAUAAUUCCAAAAGAAAACAAAUGCGAAAGACUUUUUUAAACUUCGAAAGCCCCUAGGGCGCUGGUACUUAGUGUUAUGUAACUGAUUUGAGAAAUAUUUUUCAGCAUUUGGGCCGUUAUGGCUCUUUAAACGUUUUUGAAAAAAGUGCUAAAUUCACUAUUUGGCUCUUUUAGAACAGAAUGUAGUGCAUUUUUACCGAUGAAUAUUUAACUUCGGUCAUGCGGACGCCGCCAAAAUUCUUGACGUCAUGGGUAAGCUUGUGGGGAAAGCUUAUUGCGGCGGCGUCAUCGGUCCUUCGCUUGUGCACCUUGUAGUAUUUUUGGUAUUGAAGAAGUGUAACUCACUACUAGCGCUUAGAUUAUAUUUCUUUUUAGUGCCCAUUUAAGUGAAAUUGCGUUAGCUGAUUGCCAAAUGGUACACAGAUUUCGGAAAUGCGAAUUGAGUAACGUCUGGCAUUGCAGGGUGGAAAGUAAGUUCUUGAGACAUCUUAGUAGGCAGGGAUGGGAUAAUAAUGACAUUAAGAUGUUGUUGGGGAAGAAUACAACCCAUAUGCACUGCUGCCCAUCAGGCCUUAAGCACUUGAGUCGUUGCCGAAGAAUGAAGGCACAGGAUUAGCUGAAGAGCCUGACACAGGCAGCACCUUUAAUGUGAGCGUUCUGAUUCACUCAGCAAAAGGACGUAGAUUGGCCCAAUACAUAGUUAAGUUUGCUAGAAUUGUGAUUUCUGCAACUCUGAGAAAUAUAGGGUGCUUUAGCAUAGCGAAAAUAUGUUUCGAUUAGAACGUGGCACAAAAAUGCAGGUGGCUCAGUAGUGUUAACGUUAAGUAAAGCCAUGAAAGGGCUAGUUGGUACCCAUUCAUGGUUAAGUUGUGCUGAGUUUUACACUGGAAUAAAUGCACAGAAGGGAACAAGGACGCAAAUGGACAGAGUGCAAAAUACCAGCUCUUUAUUUUUGUUAGAAAACACGUCAAUAAACAAAGUGGGCAGUAACAUCUCUUGUGACAACGUGAUAGCCAGAACCACAGAGUUAAAUUGCACUCAUUCCGUCCUGUGAACUCGAUUUCGGCUUCUGUCAGCGUGAAAGAGGGAGUGAUUAUGCACUGCACAGAUUAUACAGUGCGCUAUAAAAAAAAACGCAAGGAAUAAGCAAAUUACAGACAUGGUGCCGCAUGAAUAAUUUGUUUCUUUCUUGUGUGUUUCCCCGUAAUGUGAUAUAUAUAUCUGCACCAGGCACACCAAAAGGCCCAAACAGCAACUGUAGUCGUUAUUUUUGCCAUUAUAUUUGCUUUGUAAAACAAGCUGUCAUUUACGUUUAGCGUUAAUCACUUGGCGAAUUGAAAUCCUCCAGGUUUAUUGUGUUAACUUGAACAACUUUCCAUAUUUCCUUUACGCAACUUAAUGUGAACCUACUCUAUCGAGCAGAGCGGGGCAACAUGUCAGAUGUGGUAGCUGCUGUAUCUUGUGGCUAUUGGUAACAACCUGGGACGUUAUUGCAAGCAUCAAGUGCUACACAAAAAAUGUGAAGUGUGAAAGCAUUUGCUCUUACUUUUUCUUUAGUGCAGUGUCUUUUACUCCUUCGCUCAUAAGUUUAGUCAAUACUGAGUAUUGUUUUUAUGCUAGUCCAUUCCUAGUUUAUCCCUUGUUGUCAAGGACAAACCGCUGUGGCUAUGAGGUUAUAUUAUUCAAGCAAGAUUGAUUUUAUGCACUUUGCAUGUCCAUUUUUUUCACUCAGGCAUGCUGUUUGCUUAUAGUUCAUGUAUGACAGUUGUAUAUUGUUCAUUCACGUGUAUGUGUUCGUGGCUAAACCUAUCAUAGGUAACAAAAAGCAGGGUUUUGAUGAAUGCACAAUUUUUUAUCUACAAAAUGUGUUCAUAAUUAUAGCGACCAAUGUUUUGUGUUGAUUAUGCCAGUUUAUUUUCUUAAAGGUCCCUUUAUCAGGGUUUUCACAUAAGGGGUAUGUGAGAAGCUGUUCAAUAGCCUCAGAAUCUAGAAUUCUAUGUCAUCUGGUCAUUAUGUAAUUAUGUGAUUGUCUAUUUGUAAUGGUGGCAUUUUGUGCUGAAAUUGGUUCUGUUUUAAUGUGUCUUGUAUUAUUCUGAUUUGCAUCACAAGAGCAAGCUUCAUUGCUUGAGGCUUGCGUAACGCAUUCCAUUCAACUAUUGAAGGAAAUUGCAGAAGGCAUCCUGUGUUAAGGGUAAGCUUAAAAGAAGCUGCAGACCUUGGAAGUAGCAUUAUUUGUAGUAAAUGCCGAUCUGGUAUGAGAGUGAAGAUAUAUUUACAACUGUUAUGCAGUGUCGAACUAUGCUUGCAAGAAGAAAACGUCUGUUUUGCACCACUUGUCUCCCGCACCACUGGGUAUUGUUGCAGUUUUGGCAUUUGAACGAAAUGUCAGCACAUCUACUUCAAAGUUGGGCUGGCCUUUGACUUUAAAGCUCCAAGGGACUGGUGUUAAAUGACUUUGAAAGGGUGAGCUGUGAUCACAGGUGCAUCGGAAACUAUGUUGGGAAGAUUUACAUGUGCCAUUUUGGCAUUAAAAUUCAAUGUGUUCCUGGUGUAUUGGGACGUUCAUUGUUGCUUAACAGUUUUAAUAGAGGUAACAUUUAUUAAAUUGUGGCACACAAAAUACACCUGUAUGUCCAAAGAGACCCUAGAACACCUCUAACCAGCACUUUUAUUGCAAAUGCAUUUGCGCACGAAAUUUGUGAGUGAUGAUUCUCAUCCUAAAAUAACGCAUUUGCAUGCACUAUGGUUCUUGCACUUUUAUGAAGUCUGGCAUACAAGCUCCAUGAGAUAUUAUAAAGGACCAAACUGCAUGAAAUGUUUAACAAAGGCUUUGCAGGGCCUUUGUUUAGAAGUGUGAAGAAGAAUAUGUCAUGUCGUCUACCCUCAUGUUUAUUCUAUGCAUUUCUGAAGCAUGCCAGAGCUGAAAGUUUCUUGUAGUACAUUUUUAUGGCCGAGUUGCUUGUUGGGAGGGAUGAUAAAGGCUUUAGAUAUUUAGAAUGCUGUUGAUUGUUGGUUCAGGCUACUGUGCUGUCCGUACACCAUAAGUACUAUAUAGCAUUAGUUAUAAAUGGCAAGUAGCAAGUUGCAUGGUGCACAAUGACUUCUCGAUAAAAGUCAUGCAUAUGUACCUUGUUACACGGGCACUAUUGAUUUGUAUUCUCAUUUAACUGAACCAGUGAAAUUUUGAGCAUGAUAGAACAGAGUGGAUGUGGUGUGGCCUCACUAUUCGCUUUGGAUUGUUGUCUUUCCACAAACAAAGAAGCACAUGCAAGGAAGGACCAACUCAAUAUUUACUUAUGUUCCUGUGACUCAAAAAAGCAGUUCACGGGGCAGUUUAUUUAACUGAAGUGUUAUAAUUAUCUUACUGAAUGCGGAGGUUGCAUUAUUUUUGCUAAUGCAGUCCAUCCUAGCAGUCACAUUAAUAUGCUCGUAAUGAUUUAAGGUUGGGCACCUGAUAGUGAACGACUACAGCACUUGUACUCUUUUGAGGUCAAUUUCCUGGAAUGCCUACAAUGUCAAUAUUUUCAUUUUCUUGUUUGACAUGUCGGCACAAAGCAGCUUCACUUGAAUUUGAAUAUCUUGAUUUUGAUGGAGGAAGCUUGAAUCAGUAUUCACAGCAGAGUGCUCCUACAAGUGAACAGCUUAAUGUGCUUGGCGUGCAGUGUCAAUAUAUUCAACCGUUAUCAAACGUGCCCGCGUAGGAGGCAUAUCCAUACAGUCUAUUAUUCAAAUAACUGUGUACUGUUGACAGUAUAAAUACAUAUGCAGUACGUUCAUAGGAGUAUGCUCAGCAUGUUGGUUUUAGGUAUUCGCAGAAAACUUUUUUCAUGCAUACAAGUUUUUAGGUGCAUUGCUUGUUACUACAUAGAUGAAGAAGAAACCACUGUCAUUUGUGCAAGCCGGUGCAGCCGGUAUUGGUCGGUAAACUUGGUUAAUGCUUUGCACGGUUCAUUGACUCCACAAAAAGGAUUCUUGGGAUGUAACGCAUUGUGAGUAAGAUGGUAGCUACUUGCCUUUGGUCAGUUGUACUGCAUUGUAGCAUAGUUGGUUUUAUUAUAUGCUGUUGUGCGUCUUCUACUGGGUGCUCCGGUUGCUUCUGUUUGCAAAGGGCUAAAAAUAGCUUCCUUGUUGCUUCUACCGAUUAUGGUGGCUUCACUAAAUACUAGGGGUGUGUGAAUACCGAAUUUCACCGAAUCCAAUCGAAUAG